AUGGAGAAGGCUAGCAUAGAGUGGAGAGAAGGCGUCAGCCAGAAGGAAGGAGGAUUCCCUGAAAGAACAGCUCUCCCAACUCAGGCGAGGGACAUUGCUGACGACUUGAAGAAAGAGUUAGCUUUCCUUUCUGGUGGGCGAGGGAAGGACAGUGGCUGGAUCAUAACAUUUCCUGAAAAUUCCGACUUCAACCAAGUGCCUGAGGAGGUCUUAACGAAAGUGUUAACCUACUUAACUUGGAUCCCAAGUCGACGUCAAUCUGACACCAAAUUUAUCCUUAUCCUGGACAGAAGGUUGGCUACGUGGACAUCAGUCAAAAUGACCCUCCAACGAAUUGCAGCCUCUUUCCCUGGAGAUUUGCACCUUGUGAUGGUUCUACGUCCCACUGGAUUUUUCCAGCGCACGUUUACUGACAUCGGGUUCCGGUUUAGUCAAGAGGACUUCCUGCUCAAACUGCCGGUUGUAAUGCUGAGCUCAGUCAGUGACUUAUUGACGUACAUCGAUGAAAAACAGCUGACACCUGAAUUUGGGGGCACCCUGGAGUACUGCCAUAGUGAAUGGAUCAUCUUCAGAACUGCCAUAGAAAGUUUUGCACUAACAGUGAAGGAAAUUGCACAGAUGUUACAGGCCUUUGGCAUGGAACUGGCAGAAACAGAGCUGCCAGAUGAAACCUAUUCCAUUGAACGCAUCCUGGCUCUCCGCACAGAGAAAUAUUACCAGCUAAAGGAAGAUAUUACAGCUGUUACCAAAGAAGGCAAGAUGCUCUUAUGCAGUCUGGAGGAACCAGAUACAGAAGAACCGGGGGAGGAAGCAAAGCAGGAAAAAUCUGGUGACUGGGAGACUGUCAAUCGUUUACUUGCACAAUUGCACGAGAUGGAAACUGCUUUUGAUGGAUUCUGGGAGAAACACCAGCUCAAGAUGGAGCAAUACUUACAGCUUUGGAAAUUUGAGCAACAUUUUCAAGAGCUCAGUAAAGCCAUUGGAUUUUUAACGGAUCAGCAAGCAGAGCUGCCUGAUUCUGGAGAUAACAUCUCUCAAGUCAAACAGAGGCUCUGUGACCUAAAUAAUUUAGACAAAACAGCACAGGAUUUGACAGGAAAGGCGCACGUGGUGAUACUUCAUGGGCACCAAUUGGCAGCUAACCACCACUACGCCCUCAACUUGAUCUGCCAGCAGUGCAAUGAAUUGCGCCACCAUUCAGACAUCUUGCUGGAGGAGAUCAAAAGGAAGCGCAGCAGGCUGCAGCAAACCUUGGACCUCCUCACCUCCCUGCAGCAGGCUUUGGAGUGUUGUGAUGAGGGUGCAUACCUUCUAGCCAACCAACCAAUGGAUAAAUGCCAGUCUCGGGAAGGAGCCCAAAAAGCUCUGCAGGACAUAGAGAAAUUCCUUGAGAGCUCUGCACAACACAUAAACGCCGACCCUCAGGCCCUGUUCUCUGACUAUGAGCUAAUUUUAACACCUGAACUAAAGGCUCGGAUACAGACAGUCCAGGUCAAGCUUGAGAAUGUUCGGAGCAUGUUUGAAAACAGGCAAGCUUGCUUCAAAAAGCUGGCAGACAAGCAGGCUCGCCCCGUGCAGCUGGUAGCCCCUCGGCCAGAAAACCCACCUCGAUCAAAAUCUCCUUUGUUCUCCCCCAAACACGGUGUGGAUUUUAAUUCCAGUUUGAAGUUUUCAUUUGAUAUCUCUCUUCCUGGGAAGAAAACAUCAAGGAAGUCACAAAGCUCCCGCAAGAUUGAAGUAAUGCAUGAUUAUCAAGAAAAAAGGAAUUCUUUGCAAUACUUUAUUUCAGAAAGUGAAGACAGUUUGGAUAUACUGAAAAGCCAUGUGAUAAAUGAGCUUAUAGAAACCGAACGAGUGUAUGUAGAGGAAUUGUUCACGGUUUUGAUGGGCUAUCGGGCAGAAAUGGAUAACCCAACAAUGGUUUUUCUCUUGCCCCCUGUCUUGAGAAACAGAAAAGAUGUUCUAUUUGGAAAUAUGUCUGAGAUCUAUGACUUCCACAACAGAAUUUUCCUACACAAUCUGGAGAGUUGUCUUGAAUCCCCAGAAAGAGUAGGAUACUGUUUUUUGGAAAGGAGGGAAGAUUUUCAGAUGUAUGAGAAAUACUGUCAGAAUAAGCCACGAUCAGAAUCUCUGUGGAGGCAGUGUGCAGAAAGCCUCUUUUUCCAGGUAUUUCUGUUGUGGGAAUGCCAAAAAAAACUGGAACACAAACUCAGUUUGGAUUCCUACUUGCUCAAACCAGUGCAGCGGUUGACAAAGUAUCAGUUGCUUCUGAAGGAACUGCUAAAAUACCGUACAAGUUGUGAAGGUGUUCAAGAGCUCCAAGAGGCUUUGGUUGCAAUGCUGGAUCUGCUGAAAUCUGUCAAUGACUCCAUGCAUCAGAUUUCAAUAACUGGCUAUGAUGGAGACCUCAGUGAACUUGGGAAAGUACUGAUGCAAGGAUCUUUCAGUGUGUGGAUGGGGCACCGGAAGGGCCCGACAAAGAUGAAGGACUUGGCCAGGUUCAAACCAAUGCAAAGGCAUCUCUUUCUGUAUGAGAAGGCCCUGGUGUUCUGCAAGAAGAGAGAGGACCAUGGCGACGGAUACGAGAAAACCUCCUCAUAUAGUUUCAAGCACUUUCUGAAAAUGAAUGCUGUUGGAAUCACUGAAAAUGUGAAAGGAGACCAUCGGAAGUUUGAGAUCUGGUACAGUGGACGGGAAGAAGUGUAUGUUGUGCAGGCUCAGACAGUUGACCUGAAGAUGGCAUGGCUCAAUGAAAUCAGAAAAAUUUUGUUCAAGCAGCAAGAACUUAUCAAAGUGGAGAAGCAGCAACAGCCAUCUUGCGUAGACCCAAUCCAGCUCUCUCCACCAUUGAGUGAUGGAAAACAGCCAAGAGCUUCUAUAAGCUCUGAAGAAAACGAUUCCGAACGCACCAGCCCUGUGGCCUUAGAGAGUGCCUCCCCUCCCCAGAACAAGCCAAACAGAUCUUGGCCAGGAAUGUCUCAUUCUUUGGAGAUCUGUGAAGGUCUUGAUGACUGGUCUAGCAAUAACUACUUCUCAACCUGUUCCGAUACCGAAGAAGAAGAUGGAAAUCAGCUGUCACCAGGAAAAUAUAAGGCCUUAGCAGACUGUAAGAAGGGGGACUCAGAGGAUUUGCUGGUGAAAAAUGGAGACGUGAUUCAGCUCUUGCAUGAAGAUGGAGAGGGGCAGUGGCUGAUAAAAAACCUCAAUCAAAAGAAGGAAGGCUGGGUUCCUGUCAACAGCUUGCAAAUAAUCCUCGGGGACUGUAGGUUUCGGAAUGCCAGAGUUGCAGACGCUGCCCCUUAUAAGACGAGAAAAUUAAGCUCCCCCUGAACUUUGGAGGGAGAACUAAUGUCAUGUCAUUUUUGAAUGCUACAGUGGAGGUUUGAAAUGGUUGUUUCCGAGAAAGAGGGAGCAUUCAGGGGUUGGAGUUCCCCUGUACUGUCACCCAUCAACAUUCGCUGCACAUCACAGCUUCACCAACAUUGAACGUGACCAUCAGCAGAAGCCAUUCUUUUGAUGUUUUCAUUUUUUUUCACCCACCAGUGGACAAUUCUGAACCACUUUGUUUUGACGUGCUGAUGGGACUUCUUUCCUCCUCACCAUGACAUCCACUAAAUUUCAUUUGACAACUAAUUUAAUUAUUUCCCUUUUUGUUGUUCUGA